GAAGGGGGGGUGGGGGGGUUGGAUGAUGGCGGAGCCGCGCCGGGUGCCGUUAAUUAGUCUGUCACCUGUGAGGCGACGAGAAGGCGAGACUCCGGUGCUCGAACGAGAGCCCGGAGGGGGUCGCGAGGCGGAGCAGCCAUUAGUGCGUGAGGCCCUGAAAUUGCCAGAGCACCACCAUCACGAUAGUGGUCGAGCGGAGCCGCCACCACAGCAGCCCUUUGAGUCUUGUCCUCGACUGGAGCUGCAGUCGUUGGUACUGCCGCGCGAGAUCAGCCGGCCUGAGCAGACGCCGAAGCCGCUGCUGCCACCUCAGCGUGAGCCCCCAAGGCCAGAGCCACCACCGCCUUCUCACCAGCAGUUGCAGCGGGAAAGUAACCGGCAGGAGUCGCCGCCGUCGCCACCGCGUCAGACGGUUCGCCUAGAGUUAGUGCUGAAGGACCCCACCGAGGAGAGCUGCGUGGAGUUCAGCUAUCCCGAGUUGCUGUUGUGUGGCGAGCCCCGGCAAAAACCUGUUUUUUCUGAAGAUCCAUUCAAUGAUGAAGAGCGUGAGAGGCAUGAAGUGGAAAUACUGGCUAAGAAAUUUGAAACAAAAUAUGGUGGAAAGACCCACAAGCAUCGGAAGGACCGUGUUCAGGAUCUAAUAGACAUAGGCUAUGGCUAUGAUGAAACUGAUCCUUUCAUUGAUAAUUCAGAGGCUUAUGAUGAAUUGGUUCCUGCAUCCUUAACUACUAAGUAUGGAGGAUUUUACAUAAACACUGGAACUCUGCAGUUCCGACAGGCAUCUGACUCUGAAGAGGAAGACUUUAUAGAAGGCAAAAAACAUAGACCAUCUAAAGUAAUUAAACUAAAAGAUGGUGAGGACCAUGGCAUAAAGAAGCGCAAACGGAAAGAGGAAGAGGCGGAAAAGGAGAAAAAGCCUCGGAAGAUGAAAGUUUCUAGGCAACUGGGAGUAAUGGCCUUAAAUUCACACAAAUCCGAAAAGAAGAAAAAAAAGCUGUACAAGGACUCUUUUUCGCUGGCUGCUAUGAUCCGGAAGUUUCAGAAGGAGAAGGAAGCCUUUAAGAAGAAGGAAGUUAAUCUGAAUCCUACAGUGGCAGUAACCACCUCUACACCUAAUAAAGUCCCUGCUGCCCCUGCUGCUGGUGGAAAUGAUGUAUCUGACUUGAAUCUCAGCAUCACAGAUCCAGUCCUUUCCAUUUUUGGCAGCACAAGUGAGCGCGAGCUCCUACAGGAAGCCGAAAGUGCCCUGGAAAUGCUGGGAGACAUUGACUUUGAUAGAUUACUUGAUGGCACCUCCAAUGGUAGCCCAGUUUCUGAACCAUCAGGGGAGAAUGGAAAUGUCACUCAGCCCUCCCAUACCUCUGAAGUCUUGACACUGAAACAGGUGCCUACCCUCCCAGAAGGUCUACCAGCACAUCUAGAAAAGCGUGUUGAAGACCUUAGAACUGCUGCCAAGCUCUUUGAUGAAGAAGGUAGAAAAAAAUUCUUCACACAGGACAUGAAUAAUAUCUUGCUUGAUAUUGAGUUGCAGUUACAGGAAUUGAGUCCUACCAUCCGCAGUGGAGUGUACUCUCACCUUGAGGCUUUUGUGCCAUGCAAUAAGGACACACUGAUAAAGCGUUUGAAGAAACUGCACCUCAAUGUCCAGGAUGACCGUUUGAAGGAACCAUUGCAAAAAUUGAAAUUGGCUGUCAGUUGUGUCAUGCCUGAACAAUUGUUCAAAUAUCAGGAGGACUGCCAAGCGCACAGUCAGGCCAAGAAUGCCAAAAUGCAAGCAGAAGAUGAGCGAGACAAGAAUGCCUCUGAGGAAGAGGAUGAUGAGAAGCCAGGAAAGAGGGUUGCAGGACCAAGAAAGAAAUUCCACUGGGAUGAGACAGUGAGGUCUUUGCUGUGUAACCUUGUCAAGAUAAAACUGGGAUGUUAUGAGCUAGAGCCAAAUAAAAGCCAGUCUGCAGAAGAUUACCUCAAGGCCUUUAUGGAGACUGAGGUGAAACCACUUUGGCCGAAAGGCUGGAUGCAAGCUAGGAUGCUCUUUAAAGAAAGUCGAAGUGUUCAUAACCAUCUCACAUCUGCUCCGGCAAAGAAGAAGGUGAUUCUGGCACCUAAACCCAAAGUAAAGGAUUCUAGUCCAAAGAAGGAACAAAGAGUCUGUGCCCCUUUUACUUCAUCUUGUGUUCCUGCUUCAAGUACUAGCACACCUGUUAGUGCUAUGGCUAGUUCUAGCUGUAACCUAGCUCCAGAGACCAUCUGUCUAGAUGAUUCGCUGGAUGAAGAUCUCUCUUUCAAUCCACCAUCAUUGGAUUCCAUUUCUGAUGCUCUGGCCGUUAUUAACAAUGGAUCCAAGAGUUCUCCUGUUGGACCCUCUGUAGAGACACCAGCUUCAAGACCUCGGCCUGGGCUAAGAGAAGAGAAGUUAGCAAGUAUAAUGAGCAAGUUACCUCUAUCAUCCUCAAAAAAAGUAGAAGCUGUUCAAACACCACAUUCAUCAAGUCUUAUAGCUGGGCACUCAGGACCAGUACCAAAGAAAUCCCAAGAUUUGCUUCAUACUGGUAUCUCUUCAGGCCUUAUUGCUGGAUCUUCCAUACAGAACCCCAAGGUUGCCUUGGAGCCCCUGCCAGCCAAGCUUUUGCAACAAGGAUUACAGAGGUCAAGCCAAAUUCAAGCUGCUGCCUCAUCACAAGCACAUAUUUCUUCCUCCUGUAAGAUCCAAGCCACAGCUUCCUCUGCUUCACAGAGGCCAAAAGAUACAGCUAUCCUUGUAUCCUCUUCAGAAGCUCAAGGUUGUGGCUCUUCAACAUUACAAGUAACCAAGGUUCAACAGCAAUCGGCUGCCCAACAAAAAUAUGUGUCUCCUCUACAAGCAACUAUUAGUAAAUCUCAGACCAAUCCUGUGGUGAAACUAAGUAGCAACCCUAAACUUUCCUGUUCUUCGCCAGUUACUAAGGCUUCAGAUAAACCAGUAGUAUACCGCCUUCCUUUAUCUAACAACACCUCUGGGACUAGUUCCCAAAUGGCUCACCCGCUUGUGUCUCGGACAACAUCCAGCACCUCUACCUCUAGUAACUAUUUAGCCAAGGCUAUGGUAUCACAAGUUUCUGCCCAGGGUUUCAAGCCUCCUUUCUCCAUGGCUCCUUCCCCCAAACCUGCUGCCUCUCCUAAACCCACAGCACCCAAGCCUUCUGUGACACCCAAGCCUAUCGCAUCGCCUAAACUGUCCUCAAAGUCCUCUUCAACACCCAAACCUGCAUCAUCUCCCAGUUCUUCCAGUUCAAGUGCACUAGUAUCCCAGAGUAGCCACUCCAGCAGCAACAAUUCCCUUCAUAAACAGUCUAGUGGAGUAAAUGUCAGCAGGCAGUCUCCUACAAUUAAUUUACUGCCCUCUAACCGCACCUCAGGCCUUCAACCAGCAAAGAACCCUCAGGCUCCUUCAAAAUUCUCCAACUCUUCUGCCUCUGGAACUGUUGGCAAAAAUAACUUGAGUGGAGUUGGAAUGAAUGUACCUGUCAACAGGGGCAGCAAUCUUAAUUCAAGUGGAGCUAAUAGGACUAAUAUCUCUGGGGCAGCAGGAAGUGGAACACAGGGUGCUACUAAACAAUUGUCAACUCCACAUAGACCAUCUUCUGCCUCAGGGUCUCCAGUUAUACCAGCCAGUGUGCAGUCAACAACAGGAGCAUCAUUACUGGCAAAUGCUUCACCUUUGACACUCAUGACAUCACCCCUGUCUGUAACCAAUCAGAAUGUGGCAUCUGCUCCAUUGGCUCCUUUUGGGAUGCUGGCCGUGCCCUUUCAGUUCCCAUUGGAACUACUUGGCUUUGGAACAGAUACAGCUGGAGUGCCUAGCACCUUGGGAUCUACCUCAGCGGCUUUCUACCACAGCCCAGCUCAGAAUUUAAAGGGUUUACAGCCUGGAGCUCAGCAUGCAACAGCACUGUCUCACACACCUCUGCCUGCACACUUGCAGCAAGCUUAUACAGAUGGAGGCCAAAGUAAAGGGGACACUAAGUUACAGAGAAAAACCCAGUGAUAUCCUGAUGAGCAAGGGAGUUAAAGUGGUUCUGCUUUGCUGACGGAGACUGACCAGUUGGGAAAGUGCUUACGUGGACACAGAGCUGCUGUUUCUGUCAAUGUUUACAUAUUCUGAUCCCAAGCACUGUGGUGAGGAGAGGAAGAAGAAAAAGAAAAAUACUUGAUCAAAGAGAGAAGGAAAAGGAGGAAAGUGUUCAUGUAAAAAUGGUUCAUAGUUUGAUAUCUCCUAAAGAACUCCCAAAGCCUUUUUAUCCUUUUUGAGUAGCUCAGAAGCAUUGGCCAAAUAGGUUCAGUUGUCAAACCUACAGCAGCACAAUCCUUCUUUCAGGUUGAUAUCUGAUAGAGGAUCUGUGAAAGGAAGCUUAAAAUAGACGUCUCCAUCCAUCAUGCAAUUGAGGCCAUCCAUUCUUUCGGCAAACUGGAGUCCCCAGGGACGUCUACAAUAUAUGCUAGUUAGGAGCAUUCUGCACAGGUUUGAAUAAUGUGGCAUUUACAGCAGAAAUAGUGAUUGUGUAGAAACAGAAAGGAAGAAAGUAUUUUCUUCACACAAAGCCAAGGCCAUUUUGUCCACUAUCUCUUUGAAGAGCCUAAAGAUUACAGAUGUCUUUUUUGGGGGAAGGGGGAUCUUUCACCAUAGGUAAUGUCAUUUACCAAGGUAGAAUCUCUCUCUCUCUCUCAUUCUCUCUCUCUCUCUCUCUCUCUCUCUCUCUCUCUCUCUCUCUCUCUCUCUCUCUCUCUCUCUCUCUCUCU